AUAUAAGUCAAUAAAAUAUUUAAGGUUAUUUUAGUAAAUUAAACGGAUGUCUAGUGGGUAAAUUUUUAUAUUCAAAAAUAAAAUCAAGGUGUAGAGAGCAUGUGAGGCAAUGUGAGGUGCCAGGAACAACACAUUUUUUUUAAAUAUAGAACCACCAUUUUGUAUCCCUUACCACAUUACUGACUUGGUCGAUAAGUUCUAAACUAAUCAGUGCAACUGUGCAAGCCUGGUUUCACAAUCAGAACCAUACUAAUUACUUAGGGAAUGGACAAGACCGGUACCAAUUCAUUGGCAAUCACUCUCCGUCCUUACAGACUCUCAGAUGCUGAGGAUUUCUUGAUGUACGGUGGUGAUGAAAGGGUGACCCAAUUCACUCGUUGGAACACCUUCACUUCUAGAGAACAAGCACUCUCCUACAUCAAGAACUUCGCUAUUCCUCAGUCUUACUGCAAGUCCAUCUGCCUCGAUGACCGCUCAAUUGGAUUUCUCUACAUCAAACCACAGGAAGAUAAUGGAAAGUGCAGAGCAGAGGUCGGGUACGCGUUAGCUGCCGAGUAUUGGGGACAAGGGAUAGCAACCAGAGCUGUGAAGAUGGCCAUCGUUGAUCUGUUCCAAAGAUUCACUGGUUUGGUUGGACUUCAAGCUGUGGUUUUGGUAGAGAACAAGGGUUCCCAGCGAGUGUUGGAAAAACUUGGGUUUCACAAAGAAGGUCUGUUGAGGAAGUAUACCAUUCAUAAAGGUGCACCUUGUAAUGUUUUUAUGUACAGUCUUCUAUCCACUGAUCCCAUGCCUUCAAAUGAAGACUUGCUCAAUGUUAAGUCUGAAUUUGGAACUUUUGAUAAUACUAGAGCGUUUUGAAAAUGCUUUCUUAUAUGAUAAAUUGAUAAUCAACCAUGUCAC